AUGGGAGACGGCCAGACUGCGACCAUCAGGUCCUCGGAAGUGGUGGUUGACGUUGACAACGACACGGAGACGCAGCAGGCAGCGCGGCAGACGAUGCAGCCGGCAGAGGACGCGCACAUGGCGCUGCAGGAGGACGUGCCGCCGAACGGAGGCUAUGCCUGGGUCUGCACCGUCAGCGUCUUCCUCAUCAACGCCCACACCUGGGGCAUCAACGGCGCGUGGGGGGUGAUCCUCAACCACUUCCUGCAGAACUCGACGUACCCCGGGGCGGGCCACCUGGAAUACGCCCUCAUCGGCGGGCUGUCCAUCUCGCAGGCGCUCAUGGUGUCGCCGCUCGCGGUGACCAGCCGCGAGAAGCUGGGGACGCCGACGACGCUGCUGAUGGGCACGGCGGUCGUGUUCGCGGCGCUGUUCGCGUCGGCGUACGCGACGACCAUCUGGCACCUCUUCCUCAGCCAGGGCGUGGCGUACGGGUGGGGCAUGGGGUUCCUGUACAUCACGGCGACGGCGGUGCUGCCGCCGUGGUUCUCGACGCGGCGCAGCCUGGCGCUGGGGCUGGCGUCGUCCGGGGCGGGGCUCGGCGGGCUGGCGUACAGCCUGGGGACGGACCACGCCAUCGCCAGGCUGGGCGUGGGCUGGACGUACCGGGUGCUGGCGCUGUGCAGCGCCGUCGUCAACACGGCGUCGUCGCUGCUGCUGCGCGACCGGGUGCCGCAGGCGGUGCUGGCGCGGCCCAAGGCCAUGACGGCGCGGCAGCGGCGCGCGGGCAAGAAGCAGCUCACCGGCAUGCUGCGCAACUUCGACCUGCGCGACUUCGGCCGCGUCGAGGUGCUGCUCAUCGUGCUGUGGGGCGUCGUCACCGAGCUGGGCUACAUCACCAUCUACUACUCGCUGCCCAACUUCGCCUCGACCAUCGGCCUGUCCGACUCGCAGGGCGCCGUCGCCAACGCGCUGCUCAACCUCGGCCUGGGCAUCGGCAGGCCCGUCGUCGGCUUCUACAGCGACCGCCUCGGCCGCAUCAACAUGGCCAUGCUGACCACCGCCCUGUGCGCCGUGCUGUGCCUCGCCCUGUGGAUCCCCGCCCACAGCUACCCGCUGCUGUGCGUCUUCGCCGUGCUCGCCGGCACCGUGUGCGGCACCUUCUGGGCCACCAUCAGCCCCGUCCUGGCCGAGGUCGUCGGCAUCGCCGACAUGGCCGGCGUCUUCGGCGUCGUGUGCUUCGCCCUCGUGCUGCCCACCACCUUUGCCGAGCCCAUCGCCAUGCAGCUGGUCAACGGCAUCGGCCUGGGCGAGGGCACCCGCAAGUACCUCGUCGCCCAGGUCUUUGUCGGCGCCAUGUUCAUCCUGGGCGCCGCCUGCCUGUGGAUGCUGCGGUCGUGGAAGAUCUUUGAGAUUGAGAGAAAGGCCGCCGUCGAGAGGUCCGACGAGGACCUGGCCCACCCGGAUGCCCGGUCCACCGUGUCGAGGACCAUGGAGAACUUCUGGCUCACCCCGAGGCGGUUGCUUUUGCCCGGCUGGGUGUAG